AGAGUGGGGUGUGGUAAUCAAUGUUUAAAACCAACAGCCCAUCCCUCUCUUCCUCACUCCCUCUCUCUCUCUUUCUCUGACUGUCCAACUCCUCGCACAACUUCGUCACCAUGUCACAGGUCCAGCAGGGUAUGGCAUUGCUCAUCUCAGCCUUCCACAAGUACUCUGGCAAGGAGGGCGACAAGACGACCCUGAGCAAGGGAGAACUCAAAGAUCUGCUCAACGCUGAGCUUGGAGAGAUCAUGGGGAAAAACACUGACCAGGCAAAGGUUGACAAGAUCUUCAAAGAUCUGGACGCUAACUCAGAUGGCAUUGUGGACUUCCAGGAGUACGUCACACUGGUGGCAUGCCUGACCAUGAUGUGCAAUGAGUUCUUCACCAAGAAGUGAAACAGCUCCCCCUGCCCACUCUCCACAGAACAGCAGCUCUUGCUCCAUGAGUGAAUUCAUGAUAAGAUUAGCAAGAUCCUCAAUGCAGGUUCAGAGGGACAGAGAUGCAGGUUUACACACAUACACAAAAAAAGGGUUGGGUUGAUUAUACACACAGACAGGUGAAGGACACAGACACUACAAUCUCAAGAGAUGGAGAGGAAGCUCUUUUUACUUAACUAGGCAAGUCAGUUAAGAACAAAUUCUUAUUUUCAAUGACAGGGUAGGAACAGUGGGUUAACUGCCUGUUCAGGGGCAGAAUGACAUAUUUGUACCUUGUCAGCUCGGGGAUUUGAACUUGCAACCUUUCGGUUACUAGUCCAACUCGCUAACCACUAGGCUACCUUGCCGCCUUUGGUUUGUUUAAAGUGAAAAACGAAAUAAACAAUUUUAAUAUG